AUGGCCUCGUCAUCCCGCACCCCCCUCCAGCCGCUCACAAGCGAGCAACAGGAACACAUCAUCAAGCAACGCAUGCUGGUCGACGAGCGCUCACUUCGGCGUCUGGUCAAGAAGCUCACUCUCCUUCUCGCCAGCAGGGAUGCCGAAUCCGUAUCGUCCGCGCGCCUGUCCUUCCAAGCCGAACUCGAAGCGUUCCGGCUCCAGUCGGUGCGGCUGAUCUCGAUCGCACGGGGCACGUCCGAGGCCGAAAUCGCCAGCUACACGUCGGAGCUCGGCGAGAUCGAGACGCAACAGCAGCAGACCCAGGAGCGGAUCCACGCGCUGAAGCGACGACUGGAAGACGUGCGACGCGAAAGAAAGAACAAGUUGGAGUACGAUGUCGUUGCUGGGGAGAUUGUCAAGCUUCCGACGCGGAAGGAGCUCGGUGAGUCGCUGGAGAGACUGCGCGAGCAAUUGGAGAGCGUGCGCGCCGAGAAGGGCAAGUACGCAGACCUCUCGACGAACGGAGAUGGGCGCAUGGGAACGGUCAUCAGCAUGCUCGAUGAGCUACGGAACGAUGUAGGGUUUGAGGUGGGCGAGCGCGAGAGGCGCGAGGUGGCGCGCGCGGAUGGUGAUGCAGAGGUCGAAGCGGUUGUGGACGAAGAGGAAGGUGGGAAGAGGACGAGGAAGGUUUCUGAAGACGAGGAGGAGGAGGGUGCCGCCGACAGCCGCAGUGGAAGCUCGACACCGAGGAGACCGAUCAGGGUCGAUGACGAGACACCGGCGCUGAACCCUGCUGCGGCGACGUUUAAGCCAGCAGCGCCGAGCAGUACGGGCUCGGCGAGGAGGAAACGCGAUUCUACGGCAGUCACGGGCUCGGACGAGGAGGGCGAAGUGGGAGAUGGAGCGGGGUCGAACAGCAAUACGCCGAGGAAGAGGCAGAGGACGGAAGAAGGGGAGGUGGGGAGCGAGGAGGAAGAGGGAAGUAUUCAGCCGUCUGCUGUGCCCGCGCCAUCGGAGAGGAUUGUGAGGGGGCGUCCAGGUGCCAGGCGCCAGCGGUGA